AUGAUGGAUUUUGUUGUUGCAUUUCCAAUUAACAAGAGUUGGUUCUAUGCCAUGUCACAGCCAAACAAAUGUUGGACUGAUCAGCAUAUCGAUGUUAUUUUUUACUACCUCCAUAAAAAAUCAAAACUCCGCAGCAUGAAUCAAUACACAACAGCCAACUGCUUGUUCAUCUCACACAUAAAAAAUACAUAUGAAAGGUAUUACUUGGCUAAUGAUAAUGAUCUUAUUAGUACCCAAGGACAUAUUGAUCGCGCUUCAGCUAUAUCUAUAUAUGAGAGGUCAAUCACUAACAUCAUCAAAGGUUUUGAAAUUUCAGUUGCUUUACCAUGGCAUCUUGUAGACGAUGUUUACAUCUCGGUUAACUGCGGUGGACAAUUUCAUUGGGUGCUAGUUGUUGUUGAAUUGAAAAAUAGGGUGAUAAGGGUGUAUGACUCUUCAUUAGGCUCAAGGAAAAAAGUAAUUUCGCACAAGAUAAAAAUGUUGUCUAAAAUGCUUCCUUCUUACCUCAUGGACAGUGGAUUCUUUAAAAAAACUGAGUGAACAAAUUUUGGUGAUUUAGAUGUGUACAAGGACAAUAAUUUUGGUUCACUCUUGGAGGCACAAGUUCCUUUCAUGGUUGAAUUUUCCCAAGACAUUAAGCAACAAAAAAGUGAUAGCCUAGACUGUGGAUUAUAUGUUGCUAUAUUUGUGGAGUAUCUGAGCAACCAAAUCGAAACAUCAUUAGUUGAUUUUCUUCCUGAAUACCUUCGCAAAAGAUAUAGAGCAUUGUUGUGGAGUUAUGGCAGCGAGAAGGCUAAGGGUACAUACAUUAGUGAGAAUGAUGAUCCACCAAAACCUAAGGGUGUAGUCACACCACCACCAGAAGAAGAUUUGGUUCACAUAGUGUAG